AGGAAGAUUCUGAUAGCAAUGGAGAAGAUACAUUGUUGACAGGCCAGUUAAUGUAGUUGGGCUUUCACAACUGAACAAGAAAAUUAAGGGAAUAUAUGUUUCUCUGGAGUCUGGUGGAUUGCUAAGUCCUGAUGGAACAAAGUGGCAUUUGGGGAAAUGGUGCAAGCGUGGCAAGAUGACAGGGACAGGGGCAACUGCACAUGGUUCAACUGCAAAUAGUGGAGAUUUGAUUGCUGUUGGCGCUGAUGGGAGAGGUAGUAGAAUUAAAGUUAUGCAGUCUAUGAAUCAACCUUCAUUGUCAUGCUCAUGGAUCAGGUACUUGCAUAUUGUAAAUAGCACGUGAUGCGUUCCUCGUACAUCCGUCAUUUCAGGAUGAUAGGGAGAUAUCAGGUCUCUGAAAGAGACUGAAAAAUGGAGCCAAAACAAGUUUGCAAUCUCAAGAUGCUUGCAAAUAGAACACUACUUUGGGAAGACAAGUCAAUGAUUGAAUUUUGAAGGUGCAUGCAUUUCGGCCGAAAAAACAAGUUUAACCUCUGAUUGCUCCAAUUUUAGAGUUCAUUGCCUCAACAAAUCUGAUAGAAUGGC